GGAGCUUGGUACCAUUGUUGUGUGUUGACAUGUGUGUGUGUUGCAGGUAGCAGCCUGGAGCUUGGUACCAUUGUUGUGUGUUGACAUGUGUGUGUGUUGCAGGUAGCAGCCUGGAGCUUGGUACCAUUGUUGUGUGUUGACAUGUGUGUGUGUUGCAGGUAACAGCCUGGAGCUUGGUACCAUUGUUGUGUGUUGACAUGUGUGUGUGUUGCAGGUAACAGCCUGGAGCUUGGUACCAUUGUUGUGUGUUGACAUGUGUGUGUGUUGCAGGUAACAGCCUGGAGCUUGGUACCAUUGAGUUCUCUCUGCUGUAUGACUCUCACAACCAGGCCCUCCACUGUACGGUCCACUGUGCCAGGAAUCUGAAGCCAGCAGACAGCAGCAAUAGACAAGCUGAUCCCUACGUGAAGCUCCACCUCCUGCCUGGCGCCAGCAAGUCGAACAAGUUGAGGACACGUACGGUCACCAAGACUGUCAACCCAGACUUCAACGAGACUCUCACCUACUAUGGUAUCUCAGACCAAGAGAUGGCUCGCAAGACACUUAGACUCACCAUCUUGGACGAGGAGCGGUUUGGCUGUGACUUUUUAGGUGAAGCUCGCAUGGCCCUCAAGAAAGUUCGUCCUCAUGAAACUAAACGUAUAAGAAUCAACCUAGAGAAGCGAGCCAUCUUGUUGGAAGAUGAGGUGAAGGGUGAGGCUGAACGAGGGAAGGUACUACUCAGUCUCAAGUACGCCACACAGAGGAGUGCUCUCAUCGUUGGUAUCGUCCGCUGUGCCCACCUUCCUUCCAUGGACUCCAACGGCUUCUCAGAUCCUUACGUCAAAGUGUAUGUACACAAUUGUAUGCUUGCUUUCCUUAUACUAAGAUAAUCUUAAUAUUUAAGGGAUGGACCGGUAAG